AUGACCAAUAAACGCGAGCAUCCCGAUAAUCAAGAUGGGGAGAGUGCCCUCAACCGCAAACGGACCCGGUUCAACAACCUGGACGGCAGCGACGACUUGCCCGCAUCUUCCCAGUCCCGCAUCGACCCUACCUACGGCCAGCGUGGCGCCUUCCCGGGCCUCGAGGAUUCCCAUGAUGACGGUGGGCUCUUUUACGGACCUGCCAGCGAUGGUUUAGAGUAUCUACGCAUGGUCAGAUCAGAAGCGAAGACUGUUCCUAACCUUCUCGUCGCUCCAAUUUCACCUACUGUUCAAUCCAGGAAGAAUGACCUCUACGCGGACUAUCCUCAAGGCUACUACUCCAAUGGCGCAUACACUGCCACUCCUGUUCCUUUCUCCAACCACAAUCAGAAACACACGAAUGGUGGGCAACAGGAAGAUCAAGAUCCCCAGGAAGCAUACUACGCUUCACUCUGCGCGCGCUUUACAGAACUUACCGAAGUGCUCCAAUCACCACCCUCUCGCGCUGCGCCAGACAAAAAUGAUGUCUACUAUCUUGAUUGGAGGAGCCACCGAGUAUGGCGGGGAAAGAUACUUAACACAACGCCUACAAUGGUCCUGCUGGCGCAGCUUACGCAAGAGAGCGUGAUCUGCGGACUGGAGGUACUCGAAUUUUUGUUGACCUUCGCAAAUCGGAGAGGAAAAAAAGGCAAGAACAUUGGAGCUUGGACUUGGGGCUUGCUGGGCAGAUGCAGGGAGGUAGGGCAGAUGGGUAGUGAAGAGGUUGGAGUGUUGAGGAAGUUGGGGAAGCAGGCUGUUUGCUUGUUGAGGAGGAUCAAUGAGGGGGGGGUCAUUGGCGAGGCUGUAGAUGAGCCAGAUAUGGACGCGGGAGAAGAAGACGACGAAGAGGGAGAAGGUAAAGAGAAGAGAGCGGAAGACGGGGCCGAUUUCCUGGAUGCUGUGGAUGCGGAUGAUGGCCAUUCUCCGUAUAUCGAUUUCAUUACUACGGCCGCGGAGGGCCAUGACGGCAACAGCGAGGCUCAUCCGGUAGCCACCAUGUCUGAUGCUGAUUUGGCGAAAGCGAAGCAGCAUAUCCUCGACUCUCUUGGGCCCAAUCAAGCACAAAACGAUUCCACGGAGACCAAAACCAGCAAUAAAAAUGAUAGACAAAGCCCGACACUCACCUACCCUGCUUCUGAACUAGAAGUGGAUGACAUUACUACGGCGGCAUUGAGCCAUGACGGCAACAGCGAAGCUCCCCCAAUAGCUACCAUGUCUGACGCUGAUUUCCCGAAAGCGAAGCAACAUAUUUCCAAUUCUCUUGGGCCCAAUCAAACACAAACUGAUUUCCUGGGGACCAAUGCCAGCAAUAAAGAUGAUAUACAAAUCCCCCCACCGACUUACCCAGUCACAGAAUUAGGAACAGAUGAUGGAGGUCUGGAUGAGAAGACAGAUGAGAAGGCAACGAUACAUGCUACGCUUGAUAUGCUUGUCACGAUUAUAGGCGAAUUAUACGGGCAGAGGGACUUGCUGGAUGGAAGGCUUCUAUGGGAUGAGAUGCAGUAG